AAGAGGAGGGGGCGGGGACAGGAUAACGCGCUCCGAGGAGAAAGAGAAGAAGGAGGAAAAAAGAGACCAUAGACUUCCAUCUGGGCCUAGAGCGGCUCUUAAAGUAGUGGGGAGAGGAGGGCGGGCGGGGACCACGUUCAAUACAGGCCGCCGGCGGUAUCAUGGCGACCCGGAACCCCCCUCCCCAAGAAUAUGAAAGUGAUGAUGAAUCUUAUGAAGUGUUGGAUUUAACUGAGUAUGCAAGAAGACACCACUGGUGGAAUCGAGUGUUUGGCCACAGUUCUGGACCUAUGGUAGAAAAAUACUCAGUAGCCACCCAGAUUGUAAUGGGCGGAGUGACUGGCUGGUGUGCAGGAUUUUUGUUCCAGAAAGUUGGAAAACUUGCGGCAACUGCAGUAGGUGGUGGCUUUCUUCUCCUUCAGAUUGCUAGUCACAGUGGCUAUGUGCAGAUCGACUGGAAGAAAGUUGAAAAAGGUGUAAACAAAGCAAAAAGACAGAUUAAGAAACGAGCAAAUAAGGCAGCACCUGAAAUCAACAACAUAAUUGAAGAAGCAACAGAAUUUGUCAAACAGAACAUUGUGAUAUCCAGUGGAUUUGUGGGAGGCUUUUUGCUAGGCCUUGCAUCUUAAGGAUAUGAAUAUUCUACCACAGUGGAAUCACCUAGAAGAGAAGUGGUGGUGACAAGAUGGGCUGUCAACAUUACACGCCGCUAGACUCUCCAGGGUGAUGAGAAACAACUUGCUGGACAAUAUCAAACUCACAACUUAGCGUUUUGCCAUCUGCAGUUUGGCAAACUAGUAUCUGCUAUAAAACAACCUAUAUGGUACGUGUACAACAGUGUUCCUGAGCAGAACAUGGCUUUCAUUUAUUUAAAUCAGAUGUUCUUUAUUGUGCUUUAUAGUAUAGUGCCGAUAAUUACAAAUUUGUAUUAUAGCUUCAACAUUAGGGCUGACUUGUUUUGAAAGAUACGUUUGCAAUAAACUGAAGUGCUGUAAUGCCCUUUUGUGGAAGGAUUUACAAAUAGCAGAAUUAUUAAUGAUAUUAAGCAGAUUUAAUACCAAUUUUUAGGUUGUUUUUCCCUGCAAUUCUUCCUUUGCUUAUAUAAUGACUGUAGUAAAUAGUUUCAAGGAAGGCUCUUCUAAGGAAAUGUUACAUGUUUAAAGCUCUUUUUUCUUUUUGGUGUCUGUAGUUGUAAAAGUAUAUCUUCUUGUAUGUAAGCUUCUAAUGUUUUUAUUAAUGUAUUUGUCAUGGCAGCCUGAGCAGAACUAUUUUGAGGGUACAUAUAGGUGGGUCAUUGAUUCAUUUUAUUAACUUUGAGUGAACCUCCUUUCACAUUUCUAAAAGUCAUAAUUAUAAUUUUGGCCUCUUCUUCACAAAGAGAUAAAAAUCACUUUAAAAUACUUAGUAGUGUAGUAUGAAUUUACUGUCUAAAGAACAGUGAUUUUUCUAUAUAAUCAUGAAAAUUAUAGCUUAAAGAGAAUUGUCUCCUUGAUCUAGUCUGAGAGUAAGAGCUAAGGCUUUCAAAUUUUUGGUAGCAUUAUGCUGGUUGAACACUAGGCCAUUUGACUUAAUUCUCAGGGCUGACAUCACACUCCCUUUGUGGCUCUUUUGCCCAGAAAAGCUUUCUGUAUUGUUUGUUUUGUCUGUAGAGUUCUAGGUUGGAAUUGGAAAAAACAUUAGAACAACAAGUGUUGGAGUCUUCAGAUUGGAAAGACUUUGCAGAUAUUUAGACUAUCUCCUUUUGAUAGGAAGUGCCCAUAGUAUAUUUUGUGUAUUGUAAAAAUAAGGCAUUUGAUACUUUCAAGAUUGGUUACAAUCUGUGUGCUUUCAUUAUUGUAAGACCCCUUAAAAUUGAAUGUGGGAUUGGUCAUCAUUUUCUUCUCUUUACUCUCAUUAGUGCCUCAGAUACAAUGCUAAAUAAAACUCACACUUUCUUAAUAUGAAGUGAUUUUGCUUAUAAAUAUUUGUGUUUUUUUUCUUUGAGCUUUUCUCUGUUUCUGCCUUACCAAGCUAUUCAUUACUGUGGAAUUAAAAGGAAAAAAUAUUCUACGUUAGGCAGAACCUUGGCUGCACUUCUCUGCUCCCUAUCUGCGUGAUGCUUUCAUCUGGUAUAGUAGGAUGGGCUACUAUGGGGAGCUCUAGUAGCUGGUUCAAUUUGUUCAUUUUGGAAAUAUUUAUAGUGUCAGUUAUGUGUAUGAUACACUGGGAAAGUGGAGGGAGGGUUUCACAAAAACGUCUGCCCUCAAAUAGAGACUGAAAUAUUUCUCUAUGAAAAGUUGUAUAAUAAUAUAGGGGAAGCUGGCAUAUGAUUUAGUAGCAAAUGAGUUGUAGGGAUAACUACUUUCAGAGUCCAAACAUGAAUGAAAACUGAAAAAGACAGCACUUCAUUUUUCUUUUUUUCUUUUUAAAGCUUUUUAUUUAUUUUAAGUGUGUUUUUCCAGGACCCAUCAGCUCCAAAGUCAAGUAGUUGUUUCAGUCUAGUUGUGGAGGGUGCAGCUCACAGUGGCCCACGAGGGGAUCGAGCCUGCAGGGAUAGAACCGGUAACCUUGGUGUUAUUAGCACCAUGCUCUAACCAACUGAGCUGACCGGCCACCUUCAUUUUUACCUAUACAUUUCCAAGUACAUAUUGAUUUGUUUGAAAAUACUUGUAUAAAAUGCAAAAUAUUACCAGUGCUCUCCAUACUGUCUCCUCUCUAUUAGUGCCCCUUGUUCUGCCUCAUGUCUGCGCCAUUUUCCCACUAGCUUGUACACUACUUAAAGCAGUUGUAUGUAUUAAUCACUAACCUAUGACACACACUAUGUAAUGCUUUGCUCAUGGUAGGUAUUCAGUUAAUAUGGAUAAGUGAAGGAGAAUGUGAAAGGUAUAUUAUUGUGCUAAAGUUGGUGUCAACCUAUAGGAAACCUUCUCUGUAUAGCAGUCUAGUGAAUAAGGCUUCAUCAGAAAGGACUUGGUGGGGCUUGGUUGGAAUGAAAAGCUUAUAGCCUACCUUUGUCUAAAAUGAGGAUUUUUAUGUUUGAGGGCAUGAAGGCUGUUUGCAAGAUUUAUUGAAAAUUGAGUAUAUGGGAUAUAGGUAUUUUGUGGUG